CAAUAUCAUUAUUUUAAACAGUUAUAGUUCUACUCCAGUAUGAAGCUAGACUAGCACAGUAUACAGCUGUACAGGGAAAUAAAGUAGAAUAAAGUGUAUCGAAUACCUAUAAAACUAGACGAACAUGGCGGAAAUUGAUCAGCUGUGUUUCUUUUGUUUCAGUCCAAAAUCUUCUAGAUGUGAUGAUUGUGGAUUAGUAUUCUCCUGUACCCUUCACCUCCCACUUCACUCGUACAACGCCUCCUGCUAUCCCUGGAGGGUUCAACGACAGGACGGCGUUGGACGGUAUCUAGUUGCUACCAGAGAUAUCCAACCUAAAGAGUUAAUUCUUCGUGAUAAACCAUUCGGACUUUCUCCUGUUCAGGACUCUGAACCGGUUUGUCUUCAAUGUUUUCGUCUAUUGGCCGAAAAAGAAUUUUUUCUCUGCAAAUGUGGAUUUCCAAUGUGCAAUGAAGAAUGCAGUUUGGGAGAAAGACAUAUUAUUGAAUGCAAUAUUUACACAUCCGCGAAAGUUAAAAUGGCGACCAGUCUGGAGUAUCAGGUGAUUAUGCCUAUCCGUAUGAUUUCCCAGCUGAGUAACGAUAAGCUGACAGAAAACCGGUUUGAUACUCUCAUGGAUCAUCUACAGCAGAGGAUUCUAGAACCAAAGAACUGGAAAGCAAUACAGAAUCAGGUGAUAUCCCCCAUUCGUGAAAAGCUUAAGAUGACUGAGUGGAGCGAGGACCUGAUCCAACGUUGUGUUGGAGUUGUUCGAACCAACGGUUCUCUGAUCCAACCCUACUCCGGAGAAGGAGAACCCAGCGCAACCCAACCUGGGCUAGGUUCAGCUAGAGGAAUAUUUCUCUCUAUGGCCACUAUGUCCCACGCUUGUAUUCCUAGCUGUAACACCUUGAACAAUCCCGACUUCAGUCUAAGCGUGAAAUCUAUGCGAUUUAUCAAGGCCGGAGAAGAACUCACAAUAUCCUACUGUAAACUGUUCUCUGGUAGAUUAGAACGAAAGAACUAUUGUGAAGAGAACUGGUUCUUUACCUGCACCUGCUCCAGGUGCAAGGAUAGAACUGAUCUAGGAACUAACUUUGAUACUCAUCUCUGCAGAACCUGUGGAGGUUCAGUUCUGCCCCUGGAUCUAGAAAACAAUUGUCCCUGGAGAUGUGAAAACUGUUUACAAAUCACGGAAGCCUCUCAUAUUCUUGAAAUUGAAGCUAAGUUAAGGAAACGGUUAAACCAAAUCGAAGAGUCAGAUUUUACCAUUUCUUGUUAUGAAGAGUUUUUAAAAGAAUGUAGUAUUCUACUUCAUCCUGGACAUAAUAUAGUGAUGCAAGCAAAAUGUAAACUCCUGAUGUUAUAUGAUAGAACAAGUGUCAGAAGGGACCUGGAGCGUAAAUGUGAACUAGGCGAGGAGCUCCUAACCCUCCUGGAAACCAUCCUACCUGGAUACACCGAUAUCAGAGGACGGAUCCUGUAUGAAAUAACAGCUCCUCUAUUCCUCCUACUCCAACUGGACCUGGAGUCGGGACUAACCUCCCUGGAGAGGUUUUCUGAGCUCUUGGUUGGGUUGGUAUCUAGGGUGGAGGAGUGCAUCAGAUGUUUGGAGGGGGAAGAGACAGGAACUUAUGGAGAAUAUCUUGAAAAGAAAGCUCUUCUUGUUUUACAUAAUAUCAAAGAAAUGGUGCAAUUCUCAAAAUAUCUGUAAUGAAAAAGAACUUCUCUCAAUAAGUAAUAAUAAAAAAUAAUUAACUUUAUUUACAAACUUUUUCAAACAGAGGAACGUCAUCUGGAGAAGAAAUAAUGGGAGAGGGCAAACAUUUUCUUCGGAUAUUCAACGAACGCUCUUAUUACUUCUUCUAAAGGUUUGAAGAAUGAAAAAGAAUGCUUGCCAGAUUAAACUUGAGAAUAUUCAUGGAACAUUUCAUUCAAACAUUUUCUGUGUAAUUUGAUUCUGUAAAGUUCUAUUUAAUUUGGUUAAAAAUACAUUCAGCUAUCAUUA